AUUAAAUUUCCUCCCCCAUUCUAAAAGUUUCCAGGUGUUUCAGCAAUACGUUCCCGUUUCGAUAUAGUUGAAAUGUCAUCAAACAUUCUUUGACAUAUGAAGAUACCAGUGUAAAAUGGCACAUGAUGGUUCGCUUCGAGAUGUUCUAUUUAUUCCAAAACACCAUCAGAAAUGUGUUUCCCUGUCGAGAUAUAUAUGUCUGGUGCAUGAGGAUUGGCUGAAGAGUUUGCAUCAAAAGACUUUGCAGGAGUGUCCAAAAGCAGCGUUGAUCGGGCGUGAUGAUGCAAGUCUGUUUCUUGCUCCCUCUCACCAAACGCUGCCAAAAUACUGGAAAAGAAUUAGUGUGAAGAUCGUGCAGAAGUUUGAUCAACCAUGCAAACUCUUACGAAAUGGUCCUCUAUGCAACACAAGCCGCGUAACCACAUGCACGGAGCAUCUAGCUCAGACAGCACGGGAAAAUUUCAGUAAUCUUUGGUCAGCUGCACAUAUGCAUUACACAACACAACCAAUGGACACUGUCCACCAUAUGCAGGAUAAGUUCAGCAAUGUACUGCGGAGCUACUUGCAAAGACUGAAGCCAGAAGUGUAUAUAACUCUGCCAGACAACCACCAAAUUGAUGAGUUACCUAGCAACCACACUUGUUACCAUGACAAAAUGUUUGGUAACAAUGCCAUUCCAACCUUUGCUGUGAUAGAGACAAUGUCGACAUUCUAUAUCAUCCAACCUUACAUUGCAUACUCUUUAUGGGACAUAGUGGCCUACAGCCCAGCUGUGUUUGAAAGUUCACAUGCAAAAUGUCUGUUUGUGCUCUACCAGAUACUGCAGGCCAUGCAAUCAUUCCAUAGGAUUGGCUUAUCAGUGGGGGAUUUACUGUUGGAUAAUGUAAGAAUUGAUGAGAAACUGUGGGUGUAUUGUACAUACCCAAGCAUUCCUGGUUUAUUUAAGGAUGUGUCAGUCAAGAAUCAGGUAGAAUACUCUAGUUCUGUUAUAAAUAUUGGAAAGGAUACCCAAAGCAAUGAUCUGGAAUCAAACUAUACUGAGGAGUUGAAUGUGAGUUCUGUUGAAGGCCUUACUCAGUCAGGUAGUAUGAGUGAAUGUGACAGUGAAGUAAGAUUAGAGAGAAAAUUAUCCAGACUCAGUGAUAAAGAGAACUUCAUGAUGGAUGCUCUGGAUGUAAUGGACGAGUUCCAGGUUAUAAACCUCAGCCUUGACAACUUGGCAUCCAUUACUGAGCAGUGGGUCCAUCAUAAAAUGAGCAAUUUCCGAUAUCUGAUGUACCUGAACUAUCUUGCUGGUCGUAGGCUAGGAGAUCCAAACCACCAUCCUGUAAUACCCUGGGUCAUGGACUUCACCUCUACCCAUUCUGGACUAAGAGACUUGACUAUGUCAAAGUUUAGGUUAAAUAAAGGUGACAGUCAACUUGACUUCACCUUUGAAGCCAUGGGAGAGAUUGGAGGGGACAGUGAACACAUCCCACAUCAUGUGUCUGAUGUUCUCUCUGACAUCACUUAUUAUUUGUAUAAGGCAAGAAGAACACCUAAACAUUUACUCUGCACAUAUGUUAGAACUAAAUGGGUGCCAAAUGAGUACCCUUCCAGCAUUGAGAGAAUGUACCAAUGGACUCCAGAUGAGUGUAUCCCAGAGUUCUUCACAGAUCCUACUAUAUUUACCUCCAUCCAUGAAGAUCUCCCUGACCUGGAGCUGCCCAGCUGGUGCUCAUCUGCCCCUGAGUUCGUGGAGCGACAUCUCGCCAUGCUUGAGAGUGAACAGGUCUCAUGUGACCUGCACCACUGGAUUGACACUACAUUUGGCUUCAAGCUGAGUGGCUACUCCGCCAUCAAGUGUAAGAAUGUGUACCUGCACCUAGUUGAUGGUCACCGAACGGUCCAAAACCAUGGUGUGGUGCAGAUGUUCCCCCAGCCCCACCCCCACAGGCUUCCCUUUACACACACACUCUCACUCCUCCCCAUCAGGGUACGCAAACCUCAGACAAUGCAUCCAUCCUCCAGUAAAGCAACUCUGUCUGACAGGGAUGUAGAGCAUAGUCUUAUAAAGCUUCCAGAUGACUUUGAUCCCACUGCUGCACUGGAUCAUUUGGAGGCUUUGCAUUCAUUCACCUUGAAAACUGCUGACAGACUGCCACCCAACUGUACUGGGAAGAAGAAAGUAGAGAUGAGGUUUACUGAGCUGCAUGAUAACAUGGGAGUGGUAUGGCGGGACAUACAGCAGUUUGCUUGCCUCAUGUGUGAACUGUGUCUCGGGAACCAGCUGCUGGCCCUCACCAGGCAAGCCAGUCUACGGGAGAGGUACAACACCAUUGGGAGACUCUGGUCUCGGGAUAAGGGCAGUCUACCAAGAAUUAUCCACACUGCUGCUGAGAUUCUCUUGAAUCUUGAAAACUUCAAGGAACAAGGUAAAGAAACUGAUACUAGUGGUUUGCUGUUCGAGUACCCCAUGGUGAACAGCCUAGGUCUACCCCCACCUACCCCGGCCCUGCUAGUUCAACCAAGCUGUAAUGUAUUGCCCUUCCCUCCAUACUUUGGUGGGCUGUAUGAGCUCAUCAAUAACAUGAAAAACAUUGACAAGGAUGUCAGCUAUAAACUCAACCAGCUGAAAUCUGCUCGAGAAAAAAAUAAGGUAGAAAAAAUCCUUCUCAGAAAGAAAGUUGAGAUAUUGGAGUUGUAUUUAAGGAAAAACAGUGGUAGAAUAUCAGAUGAAGGGUUUGAGAUCCUUCUACCCUACAUCAGGGACCUGUUUGAGGACCCAGUGACUACUGUGCAGGCAGCCUGGUCCAUCCUGGGACAUGUAGGAAGAGAGCUGGGUCCGGCCCAGCUGGCCAAGAACCUCAUGCCAUGUCUUAUCAGAAUAUACAGUGGUGAAGACUCAACACCAAAACACAUGAAACUCUACCAUCGAUCAUUUCUGGUUCAACUGUUGCUCCAUCUUGGUCUAGAGUCGUUCUUGUCUAAUUUCUCUACCCUCCUGGUGGAAGCUGUGGCAGGAUACAAAAACUUUGUGGUUAUCCCUCAUACCUCACAGGAUGACAUGGAAGAAGAGAAAGAGGAGGAGGGGUUUCCUAGCAACAGUGAUCACCAUAGCAGCCAUCAAGAUGAAGCAGAGGACCAGAUAAAUGAAGAAAUACCUGAAUGUGAAGAAAAUGAUGACGAACAGGAUCCAAUGCAAGUUGAAGAUGAGGAUGUUCGACCGGACCAGAGAGAGGAUGAGCAGCCAGACUACCUUGGGGAUUACGCAGAGGACGAUGAUGUCACAGAGCUGGAGGGGGCAUUCCCUAGCCUCAUUCUGGGACACCACAAUAAGUCUGAGGAUUCCCUCAGUACAGAUAGGAUGUCCCAGCAGAGCUAUGAAUAUGAAGCCAAUAGGGAUGAUGACUCUGGGCGGACUGAUCCCAGCAGUUCUGACAAGGCCUCUGUCCACAGUAUCUCCCACAUUCUCGAUAUGUCAGAGGAUUCUAGCAGGGCCUCACAGGAGCCAGAAGAUACCAGCGAGGAGAGGAAGAUGAAACACAGCCACUCAGUGCACUUUGAAAUGGAAGAGGAGUUGUAUGGGGGUAGAAGUCAAUUAAACACAAGUACUGAACACCAGAAUGAUCAGGAAAAAGCAGAGGUAGUAGAAAAUGGAGAGGAGGAAUCAAAAUUAAGCUCCUUCAUGAUCCGGAGUGAGACGGAUGAGUUUCAGCAGAUCCACUACAGUCACACUAUAAACAUCUGUGACGUUGCUGCUGAGAGUAUUAAAUGGUUAUCACAUCGCCUAGGGCCCCUACUGACAGCCAAGUUUCUCUCCAAGAAUCUUGUCCGUAUGCUGGCACUGUGCUACCUUGCAGAGGAACAGAUAGAACCUGUACAUGAACAGUGUUCAAGCCUUGCCCAGUCCACUCGGCAGGUCCAGGGUGACAGUAAUGCCCACAAGGUGCUUGAGUGUCUCAGCUAUGUGGCCUGUAUAUAUGGGGAGCAAGUCAUACUUAUACAGUACCUACCCUGCAUCACUGACAUGAUCCAUGUAGCCCGGAAACGCCUGACUAUCAGAGCGGAGGCCGGACUGGUGGCUGCUGUAGUCCUGUUACGGAGUAUGCUCCCCUUACUGACGGAUAAAACAUUCAUGCAGGUGCUACUGGACUCUGUGAUACGUGAUGCCUUGAGGCCAAUACUCAAGCUGGUCUCCUCAGCCUCAACAGCUUUCCCGAGCGGUGCUUCCAUGCGCUCCUUGAUCCUGUACAAGAUAAUUGACCUACUGUACAUCAUAGGCCUGCGACUGGGCUUUGAGAACACCCGAAGGUUUCUCACCCCCACCCUACAGAUGUUCUUUGCCCCAUUUGAUCAGGUGUACUCAACAAUGGACGCGGAUGGGAUGUGGAAAAGUUGCUCCUCAGAAAUGCUCAAAGAUGACACAAGUUCAGUGGAUGAGUCGUAUCUAAACAUCAAGAUGGACACUGUCACAAACCAGGUUAUGAUUGGUUCUCCAGUCAACAUCAACACGUCCCCAAGGCCCACAGACCACGUGAAGAAAUGGCGUGCCCCCUGGUUGAACUACAGCCUCACUGAUAUACACACGAUGGAUGACCGAGAUGAGGUAGAUGGGCGGUCGACCAGCCAGGAGAUCCUACUGUCUGAGUUCAGACAGACGUAUAGCCCCGAGCUGGCACUGGCGGCAUAUAUUCCCCUCACAUCCGUGUUUGGAAGUCACCACAUGGAGGGAGCCCUACCCAAUGACGACCUGAUCCGACGGCUGUGUGCCCAAUAUGACAGUGCCCUCUAUAGUGAUAAUAAUGAAGACCCCACUGGUCCAGUUCCAUCAGACAUGAGCCCAGCAGACCUCUCUGGUACACAGGCUGAUACAGAUCUAGGCAGCAAUGUAGCCCUUGUUGGGAACCAGCUGUGUCUACAGGAGGACCCUGCCCCGACCCCAAGUCCGGAGGUGAUCCGCCUUCGACCCCAUGCCAAACACCGAGGCAUCCUUCGUAUUGACCCCGAGGACACCCGUAGUGAUGACCUUGAACACAAAAAUCUCAGACAUUUGAAGGGCAACUGGCUCGCCUACUGGGAACAUGAGCUUGGUCUGAAUGAGAGAGACACACUGUUCAAUUUCAAGCAGAUAAAACUUCAGACAUUCCAAGGCCACACCAACAGUAUUCGAUGUAUAACAAGACUGGACAAUGAGAACUCCUUCAUCAGUGCCAGCAAGGACAAAACAGUGAAACUCUGGUCCAUACAAAGCUUUGGGGAUGGAACAGGGAGAUGCCGGAGCCAAUUUUCAUAUAACCUCCACAAGAAGUCAGUAUUUUCUGUCGCCUACAUGGAGAACCAGAAACUGGUCGCCUCCUGUGAUAGUACAGUCCAUGUGUGGGACCCAUUCACAGGAGACCCUGUGCGUCAGCUGGAAUCACAAAAAUACAGUCCUGUGAUCGCCCUUGCCCCAAUCCCCGGACCCAGCACCGUGGUGGUCACAGCUACUACAGAUAACACACUCAGGUUCCUGGACAUGAGGUCAGCCAGAUAUGCACAUGAAUACAAGUGUGUCAUUGGAUCACAUGGCUUGAUAAGGAACAUAGCAACCAGCCCUGAUGGGUCAUGGGUGGCAGUAGGGUUUUCAGCGGGCGUGAUUUCCCUACUCAGUCUCCACACUGGCAUACUGCUGGGCACAUGGAAGGCCCAUGAUGGCGAGAUAUUACAGUUGAAGGCCCAUAACAAGACAUCAUUCCUGUCCACGGCCUUUGACCUGACCAUGAAACUUUGGCCUGUAGACGGCUCCACCAAGGAACUCUGCAGCUUUAGAGGUCAUACGGAACCAGUCCACUGUGUGAACUUCUACAAGAACCAAAUAGUGAGUGCCAGCACCAGCAACAAGAUAGGGGUCCACACUGCUGUAGACACUCAGGCCAACUUUACCAGCACAAAGCUGCGUAGCGAGGUUUUCAAGGGGGUCCUAACAAGCAUGGAGAUCCUGCCCCUCAACCGGAGCCUGCUGCUGGGAGCAGACAAUGGGCUUAUCAGGCUCAUCUGCUAAACUGACACAAUAAGAAUUCAUAUAUAAUAGACAGUAGUCAGUGUCACAGCAUUUCUCGGGUUGUUCACAUCCAUGGAUGUCUGUGGCUCGCCGCUGAAGGCAGACAAUUUACUUUUGAUCUGCAACUGUAGACGUCAUCUUACCAUGUCUAAGACUUUGGGAUAACACUCAGACUCAGGGUAUCGUUGAUCAGACACGGACUUAUAAGGCCUGUCUAUCAGAUAUAAGAUACAAACCAGUAUAGGUGUCAGUUUGGGAACAAAAGUUGAGGUAGUAAAUUUAUGUUGUUGGCUGAUAGUUAUUAAGAUCUACUUUUUAUGCUACUUAGUAAUAAGGUCUAUAUUAACAUUCUGGCAUGUCUCAUUUUGUACUUGUUUAUGCUUCUAAGUUCUAUGACUCAGUAUAGAUCACAAAGCUCCCAUCCAGAUGCUGUUUAAACUCAACACAUUUCUGGCCAGUUUGGUAAUUUUAGUUUGUGAAUAUUAUAUAACAGAAAUACCUGAUUGGAAAAAUAAGAGCUUGUAAGCUUGUACUCAAAACUUUCCAAUAAUACAUAUUUAACACCUGGUUUACUCACUACAUCUCAUUCUGGUAGCCAUUUUAACUGUCAUGUAAGCACGUGGGACUUGCUCAUGACUAAUUUUAAACAGACCGGAGUGAAAUUAUAAGAGUAAUUACAACACCUGUUCCGCACAGUUUGUUAUUCUGGGCAUUCAAAUUAAGUGUAGAGAUCAUGCUCUCGGCCUCAUUACCGGCAUCUAAGAGUAAUAUUAGUGUUGAGAAAUUUGAUAAGGGCAGUUGUAUUUGUAAGGGCAGUUGUAUUUGGUCAUGAUAUAUAAAUCAACAUCGUUUCCAAUCCAAUAUGUCUGAAAUCAUUAAACCAUAGCUUAAACAAGCACGUCCCUACAGCCUGAAGUUAUGGGUUAGUUAUUCUUAUUAUGAUAUUAUUAAUCUUAACUAUACCAUUUAUUAGUUAGUGUGAACUUCCUGUUUGUAUUCAAGACUUUCAGGAUUUCAUCAAAUGACUUUCUACUUGCCAUAACUGAACGUUCAUAUCAUAUAUGUUGAUAAGUUUGCAUUUUAAUUCUACUAUAUCAAUAUGUUAAGUGCGGGAUUGGUGCAAUAGUGUUGUAUCUGAUGUAGCUUGUGUUGUAUCAUUUUGUUAUAAAGUUAAGGGUAUUUUCAGCAAUAUAAUUACACCAAAGGGACCAAACUUCAGUUUAGGUUGCAAAGGUGUUCAAAAUAUUACACCUUGUCAAAGACAGAUAUAUGCAUGUAUAUAUGUGUAGUUCUUUUUAAUGUUACACUUCUUUGUCAAAGACAGAUAUAUGUGAUGUUUUAAGUGAAAAUUAGUCCUAUGGAGGAAAAGAUACCUUUUCAUCUUUUCAAGGUUUCAUGCCUCUUAAGAAGGCAAUGUUUUACAUAAUUUCGAAAAGGAUCUUGUAUUAAAUUAUACUCAUUGUUAUAAGUUUAUUUGUAAACAUAUCUCUUGGUAGAAGAUUGUUCUUGCUGUUAACUGGAACACGUCAACAGGACUCGUUUUCGUAGACAACCUCACAUACGAACGAUUGUACUUCAAAAUGGUCUGUUAUAAAUGAUAUAACAUGGUAAACUUAACCUAUUUUCUCAAAACCUUUGUUGGAACAUGUCGGUCAAGCCUUAACUGCAAAACAUGAAACUCAUAGAAGUUGAUGGAGUAAUAUUUUGUAUAAUUUAUAGUAUAUACAUCUAAUGUAUACUGGCCAAUAUUUUGACCAUGGAAUUAAGUAAGAACUUAAGUUAUUAAAUAAACAAUUCAAUUUAAAGUGUCUGUGUUUAUGGGCGUAUAUGUAAUACUAGAAAUGACCUGUAAAAAUAAAUGUGCCAGUGCCUUGAACAUGUACCAAGGGCAGACUACUCUGACAGUUAAAGAUAAUGGUUAGAAGGAAUACAGAAAUGCCUGUAUCUACAGGGGUCAUAUAUUGUGGGGUUACAACAAAGUGAUUGUGUGUACAUGUUAUGGUCUACAUGACAUUUACCAUAUAACAGAACUGUUUUAAGUACCCUUGCAUCUAUGUAUGUGUGUAUAUGUAGUUCUUUCUUGCCAGAUACAACAGUACAUAUAAUAUGUAUAUUAUAUGAAACAUGUACAUUUAUGUGCAUUGUACAUGCAUGCCAUAAUAACUUGAACUAUUCCAAUAUAACAAGGCAACUAACUAUCAACCAAUUUGAUGACAAGUUUGUUUUUAAUGUUUUAUAUUUUGUUUUUGUUUGUUUUUACAUUUGUAUAUUGUGCAAUCAAAAUUCAAGAUGCAAAGAAACAUAAAUAAAUUAUUAUUAAAGAAAUGAAAACUA